AUGGCUUCGACUAGUAACGCGCGCUCUGUCGUUCCCCAAGAUGCCGCCAACAAGGCCCCCACCUCCAACGAUCCGCGGCUUCUAUGGAACCCCGAGAACGUCAAGGAUGUAGCUGAGUCUGUUGGCAUUGGCAACCUCGGCGACGAGGCCCUCCGCACAUUGUCGCAGGACGUCGAGUAUCGCAUCGGUCAGGUCAUUGUAGAGGCACUGCGAUUCAUGCGAGCCGCGAAGCGAACCACCAUGACUGUUCAGGACAUUCUGCUGGCCCUCAAAGUUCUCGACGUGGAACCACUCUACGGCUAUGACUCCACUCGUCCGCUGAGAUAUGGCGAGGCAAGCCUGGGUCCGGGCCAGCCGCUCUUCUAUAUCGAAGAUGAGGAAGUCGACUUUGAGAAGUUGAUCAAUGCCCCACUGCCCAAGGUCCCGAGGGAUAUGAGUUUCACGGGCCAUUGGCUCGCUAUAGAAGGCGUCCAGCCUACAAUCCCCCAGAACCCCAGUACCGGCGAGGCACGGAACCAAGAGCUUCUGCCCAAAGGCCCUGGCGCUCAUCCUGCGCUUCCUGCUUUGGCUGGAAACCAGGCUGCCAACUUCCGCCCUGCUGUAAAGCACAUCAUCAGCACCGAACUGACGCUCUACUUUGAGAAGGUUCAAUCUGCUCUGCUCGACGACAACCCAGAUCCCGAAGUUGACCGACUUCGCGAUGCUGCCCUCGAGUCCAUCUCUUCCGAUCCUGGUAUUCACCAAUUGAUCCCUUACUUCGUCAAUUUCAUCUCAAACGAAGUCACCCAUCACCUCGACGAUCUCUUCGUGCUGCGCCAUAUGAUGUCUCUCACCAAUGCUCUCAUCCAAAACCCCGAGAUGUUCCUCGACCCCUACGCCACUCCGCUGUCAGCACCCGUGUUGACGUGCCUAAUGGGCCGUAAACUGGGCACCGAGAGUGGAACGGACGAACUGAAGCAGCAGUACCAGCUCCGCGAGCUUGCAGCCAGCUUGAUCGGCAAGAUCGCCAAGAAGUAUUCGCGGACUAAUAAGAUGCUCCGUCCCAAACUCACACGAUCUUGCCUGAAGCACUUCUUAGAUGCCAACAUGACCCCAGCUGUCUGGUAUGGGGCCAUUUUGGGCUUGUCGGCAACGGGUGGCCCAGAGGCCGUGAAGGUGCUUGUUUUGCCGAACCUGAAGGGCUUUGAGCAGUUGAUACUGCAGAAAGUCAAGAAUGACACCGAGAGCAGCCGUAUUGAGUAUGAGGCAUUGGUCGGAGCCAUCGUGAAGGUUAUCCGGGAAGUGGCACCCAGUCAGGAUAUGUCGAUGACCAACGGUGUCAAUGGCGUCAAUGAACAUGAAUCGACCCAACUCAAGGAGUUUCUGGGUGAAAUCAUAGGCGAACGGAUCUUGAGACUGGGAGAUCAUCGACUGAUCGAGGUAGUUCUGCAGGCAAGAGCCUUCAUGUAG